UUGAAAUCAGCAAUGGCCAAGCCUGAACUUUUGUCCGAAAGAAUUUUUGAGUACCAAACAUCGAAAAAACUUCCAAGAUCCAUUUCUUCAUCAGUUAGAGAAUCGUGUUUGUCGUCUAAUGAUAUUGUUGGUAUCAGAACCAAUACUACUGACAGACUCCGUCGUCUUCGACUACGAAUGAAAGCUAGUAAUUAUGAUGCAUAUAUUGUGCCAACUGAUGAUGAACAUCAGAGUGAAUUUGUAGCAGAUCAUGACAAAAGGCGAGAAUUCAUAACUGGAUUUACCGGCACUGCAGGUACUGCUGUUAUUCUUCAAGAUAAAGCUGCAUUAUGGACUGAUGGACGUUAUUUUAUUCAAGCUGAAAAAGAAUUAGAUUGUAAUUGGCUUUUAAUGAAACGGCAUCAAAGAAAAUAUCCAUCUGUAUGUGAUUGGCUUAUUCAGAACCUACAUACUGGUGCACAUGUUGGUGCUGAUUCUAAACUUAUAGCCUAUAAACAAUGGCUACAUCUGAAAGAAAAGCUUGAAAAGUCUGGCAUUAGUUUAUAUGAAGAUGACAGUAAUCUCAUUGAUGAUAUUUGGAAUAUUCCUCAAGGACGUGCUCCAGAAUCAGUUUCUCAUAUUUAUAUACAUGAUUUAAAAUAUGCUGGAAGAACAUGGGAAGAAAAGAUUAAAGAUCUUCGAGAUACUUUUGAUCAAAAAAUGGUUGAUGGACUAGUGAUACCUACUUUAGAUGAGAUUUCAUGGUUAUUUAAUUUGAGAGGAAGUGAUGUUGUUUACACUCCAGUAUUUAAGGCAUAUGCAUUUGUGUCAAAAAAACAAAUAAGAUUAUAUGUUAAACCUCUUAAGAUGACUCCUGAAGUUGAAAAGCACUUGUGUCCACAAGUUAAUAAUGAAACUGAAUGUGUUCAGGUAAAAGAUUACAACAAAGCAUUUGAAGAUAUGGCAAAAUUAAUAACUGAAUACAAAAGGAUCUUAAUACCAUCAUCUUCAAGUUAUGCUGUUGUAAACUUAGUGCCAAAGGAAAAGAGGGAGUUGGAAGAUGGUCCAUCACCAGUAGCUUGUCUGAAAGUCAUUAAAAAUUCUGUUGAAGUCCUCGGGAUGAAAAAUGCAGCUUUAAAAGAUGCUGUUGCUAUUGUCGAUUUUAUGUCGAUGUUAGAGCAAGAAGUUAAAAAUGGUAAACACUGGGAUGAAAUGAAAGCUGCUAAAACUUUAUCAAGAUUUAGACGAGAACAGGAACUCAAUCAAGGUGAAAGUUUUCCUGCCAUAUCAGCAUUUGGACCAAAUGCUGCCAUAAUUCAUUACACACCGCAGUUGCUUACAAAUAGAAAUAUCAAUACAAAAAAUAUGUAUCUUUUGGAUUCAGGAGGCCAGUACCUAGAUGGAACUACGGAUAUUACACGUACAUUUCAUUUUGGAAAUCCUUCUGAAUUUGAAGUGGUAAUAUGAUACAUGUCAUUUGAAAUGUCUUAAGUAAACUUUUAAGAAGAAAUAUGUCAUUUUAUGGCAUUUCAUGUUAUUAAUUUCUAUUAUUUUAAUUCAUUUUUUGUAAUUUAUUACAAAUACUAUAACAUUCAAAAUGUGGAUACAUAUAUAUAUUGCUUUAAGCACCAGGUGUAGUGUAUUUAAAUGAAAUUUGUUUUUCAAAUAUAUUUAUUGUUUUAAAGAAAAUGUUCAGUUGUAUAAGUUGUAGAGUGAAUCCUAGCUCAUUUUGAGGUAGAAAUUGGAUUUGGAAUAAUAAAGAUAGUGCUCUAAUAGAAAGUUAGAUUUUUGUAAGACACGUUCUAUAAAAAAACAUAUUAAUGGUA